UGCUUCCAUGCUCAUGAGUGCACGAGUCUAUUCUCUACUUCCACCCUGUGCAUGUACCCUGCCCUGAACUAAGGAGAAAGAUACUGCAUCAUGAUAUUCUCUCCUACCCAAAGACAGGCAGUUCAGUCGUAGAUGAUUCCCUUCUAAUUUAAAAGCCCACCACAGAAGCAGGUCUUGUGCACACAACAGUGCAAAGGCAGUUUGCAUAACCUAUCUGAGAAGCUUCAUUGAAACUAUGCAAUGCCAUAGUUGUUGUUUUACCCAUGUCUGAAAGCAGCAACCUAAGUGGUGCAAUGAAUCCACAGCAAUCUCAGCAUGGAAGGGUAAAAAACGGAGUCAAAACAAAACUGAAAGUUCCUCAAUUGUUUAUUGCACUCCCAGGAAAAUGAAUUUCCUGAAUGAACAUCUUCCACCAACUGAAGGAAAAAAUAUCAAAGAGAUUGAGUAGUAUGAACUAUGACCAAAAAAGUAUGGAGCUGAGCAAUUUGGUUGAUUUUGCACAGGAAUCUCUGAGAUUCAGAACUGAAACAAAACACACUAGUGUCACAUGCAAUCUGAACACCAAACAAGGAGGUUUAGUGAUCUCAGCCAAGGAUUUGUCAGGGUCAGCAUCAAGUCCUGCAACUAAUUUAGUUCAGCAUAAAGGACAGUCAGUCCAGACGAAGAGAGGUUAUAAAUGAGUUUGCAUAGUGAAUGCUUAAUUUAAUACGAAAAUAUAUCCACAUGUUGAAGUUAUUUCUGUACUGCAGUUUGCUUCAAGCUUGCAAUAGCCACAUCUAACAAACAAAAAUAGAAAAUACUUAGCAUUUACUGAAUAUUUUUCCUGUGGAGACACAAGAUGCCAUUCGUACAAACAUUUACGCUUUUCAUAGACUGGUCAUCCCCUGCAACCAGGCAAACUAUCCAGGGGGCAGAGCAGGCAGGAGAGAAGUUUGCUCCAAGUCUCAAGAAAAUCAGUGGGACUUAACCAAAUGAAGACAGCUUAUUUUCUAGUAUGUUAGUUUAGUAUUGUGCAUUGUGUGGAUAUUCCCAGUUGCAAAGUGGCUUAAGUAGAACAGUUUAACCAAUGCAGUAUAAAAGCAGGAGAUGUACUUAGCCCCUGCUAAACAAUAUCUUGUAUUACUGCAGAACUAUGUAUGUGGAAAAAGCAACUUCGUAUUUCCUGCUCCAAGGUCUCAAGAUGUCUUUGUUACAAAAAAUUAAAUAUCUACCUAUAGGUAGCAUCUGCUAAAAAGAAUGGCAUUGGCAACCUGCCAAACCUUUGCUGUUAUGUAAAAAUAUAUUAGCAGUAGUAAACUUCAGAAAAGAAGCUAAAAAAAAAAUUGUAGAAAUAACAUUGAAGUUCCACUGUUUUUAAUUUGUUACAGCUUACUGUCUUCCAUGUACUGCCACUAAGGAGUAAAGGAACCAAGCAGAUAGUAUAUAUUUAGUUUUUAGUUGUAGAGAACACUAUCUUCAGAAAACAGACAAGACUUCUAUAUACUUACGUUCUUGUUCUCUCAAAUCUCCAAAAGAUAGAUUCUGGAGUUGGGAGUCUGGAGGAGCACUGGGGAGGAGAAGGGGGGAUAGGGAAGCUUUUAGGAGUGUUAGGAAUGACACGACAACAGAAUCAUAAAUGGCAACAGAAAGGUAAAGCCUCAUGCUGUACUGGGUUUUCAGCAGCAAAACAUUGUUGACUCAGCAAAAUAUUUCAGGUUCCAUCCAAACUACUGAGAUGCAUGCAUCCUGCUGUGUGUUCGUGUACAAUGCACGCUCUUUCAAGAAGCCACAGUUGGGGUUUGGCAGGUAGCAGCAGAGUGAAACCUGGAACAAACCCACCUCGCCUUACAGCUGUGCUGAGUAUGAAGGGUUCACCUUUCCUCUCAGCAUGCCAAAGGAUUCUACAUAGCCACUGCUACCCCAAGCAACAGCCCCAUCUAAGUGCAGCACCAGCUGCCCUUUGAAACACCACUGGGUUGGGGGACAAAUCUUCCAUUAAGAUACAGUCAAGCUGGUAAGGCCCAGUCUGGAAAACAGAACACCAAGAAAAUUGCAUCUUUCUAUUCAAAGCCAGCAGGUAUUAGGCAACCACAGUGUAGGCUGGCAGAGAAAUGCUGGUCAGCAGCCGCCUUUCAGCCAGCCAGCAGAUGUACCACCCAGCAGAGUUUUCACCACACUUAAUUUCAUUUCUCAGAAGCCUUUUGUAAAGAGCAUGAAAUGUGAAGAGAGAACAAGGCUACCUUCUCCAAACACUCGCCUGCUAUUGAAAAAUCAAGUUCUGAAGUUAGAGUUGUUUUUUUGUAACCUUCCUCUGAGGUCACAGCAUCACUACCUUAACAUACUACUUAUGCUAAGUAUUUCUAAUGUUAAGAAAGUAAAAUGAGCUUUAAGAACAACAACAACAAAAAAAAACAGAAAAAUUUCUUGAUUUAGUUUUGCUGCCAACUACAAUGAAGUCCCUUUUUUUUUUUUUUCCUUUUGAGUAUCUCUUUUAAAACUGAAGUCACAAAUCCUCUUUCUUAAGCCUGAGCAGGUACAAUGAGCAGAUUCAAAGGACAGAAAGUUCGCGUCAAUGUACUCUCUCAAACAACUGGAGUGUGAGAAAGAUGACUAUGGAUUGCUGGAAAGGAGCCAUAGGCAGCAGUUGGAUUUAUCCCACGCUCAUCAUCUGUGUGAAUGGGUUUUUCUCCACAAUGAGACCUUCAGAAUCUUUUCUCACUCCUUACCUAACUGGACCAGACAAAAACCUAACAGUUGAGCAGGUUACCAAUCAGGUUUUCCCAGUCUGGACGUACUCCUACCUCGCACUCCUCGUCCCGGUCUUCCUGAUUACUGACUACCUGCGCUACAAGCCCAUCCUCCUCCUCCAGGGCAUCAGCUUCAUUGUCACAUGGCUCCUGCUCCUCUUUGCACACGGGGUGGCGGCCAUGCAGGCGGUGGAAUUCUUCUAUGGGAUGGUGACAGCCACCGAGGUUGCCUAUUACGCCUACAUCUACAGCGUCGUCAGCACCGAUCACUAUCAGAGAGUGACGAGCUAUUGCAGGAGUAUCACUCUGGUUGCUGCCACCCUUGCUGCGGUGCUGGGACAGCUCCUGGUUUCCUUAGCAGACGUAUCCUACUUUCACCUCAAUGCCAUCACUCUGGCUUCCGUGUCCCUGGCCUUUGUGUGCUCCUUUCUCCUCCCAAUGCCUCAAAAGAGCAUGUUCUUCCACAGAAAAGCCAUCUCAGAAACCCUCCCACAACCAGACAAAGUUGUGGCUGCGCUCAGUUCCAACGCGCCAUCAAGCUGCCAAGGGGACAAGGACUGCACAGCUGCUGACACGGGACCAGCGCCAGCACAGUGGCCUCAGCAGCCCGAGCCCCAGCACCACGUGCUGAGAGUACUGCUGCAGCUGGGCAAGGACCUCAGGGAGUGCUACAGCUCUAGGAAGCUUCUUUACUGGUCCCUGUGGUGGGCUCUGGCUACAGCUGGCUUUAACCAGGUUGUGAACUACAUCCAAGUGCUGUGGGACUUCAGAGCCCCCUCCCACAGCUCUGCAGUGUACAAUGGAGCUGUUGAAGCAGUAGCAACAUUUUUAGGUUCAGCAACAUCCAUGGCGGUUGGGUACGUCAAAGUAAAUUGGGAUCUUUCUGGAGAACUGGCUUUGGGAAUUUUCUCUGCAAUGGAUGCUGGUUCCCUGUUUCUCAUGUACUUUACUGAGAACAUCUGGGCAUGUUAUGCUGGUUACCUCGCAUUUAAGGCAUGCUAUAUGCUCCUUAUAACAAUAGCAACGUUCCAGAUUGCUGUCAAUCUGAGCAUGGAGCGUUAUGCUUUGAUGUUUGGCUUCAACAACUUCAUUGCACUGGUGAUCCAGACAAUUUUAACUGUUGUUGUAGUGGAUUCAAACGGCCUGGGACUGGGUAUCAGCACCCAGCAGACUCUACUGAAUGAAGUCCAGCAGCUGGACUACCGUUAUUUCAAGAUGAGAUCAUUCAGGAGCAUGAGUGGCAGGAAGGGGAAGAAGUUUCUCAUUUACAGCAGCUACUUUACAUUCAUAGCUGGAAUUUACCUGAUCAGAAGCACAUACACCAUUAUCUCCACCAAAUGCAGAAAUACCAGCCUGGCUGGUGAACCCACUGAUCAUUGAGGAAUGCUGGAAAAAGACAAAAAGAAGGGCUGCAAGCAACACCGCAAAAGGCUGCAUCAUGUCAACAGUUAACUAGGGGAAACUUAACGCUCAACCAAACAAGACUGGUCAAUUGUGCAACAGGCUGUUUAUGAGCCUUCAACACAAAGAGCUUCUUAAACAGGAUGAUGCAUUUUCCUAGUUCUCUUCACCAGUUGUUCUAAUCCCAAACAAUCCUCAAACAAUCUUCUGUUUCAACUCAAAUUUAGUUAUGCAGUUCUGACAUAAAAACUUGUAUUAUUGUUUGAUGCAUUGUCUCCCUCCACUCUGCCCUCGUGAGGCCCAUCAGGAGUACUGCAUCCAGGCCUGGGGCACACAGCACAUGAGAAACGUGGAGCUGCUGCAACAGGUCCAGAGGAGGACCAUAAAGAUGACCAGAGGGUUGAAGCAUCUCUCCUACAAAGAAAGGAGGGAGUUGGGCUUGGAGAAGAGAAGGCUCCAGGGAGAUCUCGUUGUGACUUUUCAGUAGUUAAAUGGAGCUUAAAUCUAGAAAGGGAUUGACUUUUUACAUAGUCUGAUAGAGAUAGAACAAUGGGGAACAGCUUUCAACUGGUGAAAGAGAGGAGAUUUAGGUUACAUGUUAGGAAGAAAUUCUUUACUCAGAAGGCAGUGAGGCGCUGCCAGAGAAGCCAUAUGGAUGCCCCCCAUCCCUGGAGGUUCAAGGCCAGGCUGGAUGGGACCCUGGGCAGCCUGAGCUGGUCAGGGGCAGCCAGCCCACAGUAAGGGGUUUGACCUCCAUGAUCUUUAAAGGCCCCUUCCAAUCUAAGACAUUCUAUGAUUCUAUGAACACAACAGGAGACAACUGCAUACAUAUGCCUGAAUCUCACAGUGGAAGAGCUUACAGAAUACCACCUUAGAACCUUCACUUUUACUGAAUAAUUUAAUUAAAUGUAGUUUACUCUUUGAUACAAGGCAUCCAAACAUUCCUGGGGAGCCUAAAGAAGCUGCCCCAUAGCAGCACACAGAUGUUUAAGAAAGGUUGCCAUAGAAGCUUUUUGGACACUUGCUUUAAAAAAUCAUAUCAGAACUUCCAGUUGAAAAAAAAUGCAAGUUAAUAUAAAUAGCAAUUAAUCUUCCAUCACUCCACCUCAGCCCACAAAGAUGCUCCCUCUGUAUGUUCAACAGUGGAUUACUACAUUCUCACAAAUGACCAAGUGCAGUCAUUCCAGGUUCCACACAGACAAUGCAUUCCCCCUAUAUCCAAAGUUACACGAUUUCAAGGAAGAUACGAUUUUAUUCAGAAAGUGUUCCAGAUGCAGUGACAGCAGGACUGUGAAUCUGUUGAAGAUGUCUUGUACUCAUACACUGGCUUUCCCUUUUAAAGGUCUGUCUUGCUAAAGAGUUCCUAGCUUAAACAGCACACACCUUCAUUAUGUAUGGCUCAUGGAGGUUUUCACGCAUACUUAUCUUUGGAAGCAAAAAAAAAAUAUCCUAGCUUUAUAUUUUUAAGCAAGCCAUUGGCAGAUACUUCAAUUCCUAUACAAGGUAGUCCUACUUAAAUAAGAACACUUAAAAGUUUAGAUGCAACUAGAGCUUAUCAGUGACUUGUUUCAACUACGUUCAAUAAACGGGCACUUUGGAGUCAUUUAUAUCAGA